AGGCGAAUUACACAUGCGUGAACUGAAAAUUCGGUUCUCUGAAAGCAGCAAAUGUAAAUUCAACCAGUGUUUAAUGAUUAAACUUUUAUGUGGGUUUCACGUACUCUGAGAUGUUUUAUGAGAUUAACGAUUUAUCUGUGAGAAAGAGAUUCACCAGGUUGAACUCGGGCUGUCUGGAAACUGGAAGGUGUCGGGUUGUGUUUUACAGAUCUAUAUUGAGUUAUUCAGUUGUGUUUUCAGCCGUGAUGUUUAGAGCGUUUCAUAGAGUAAUUAGUCCGUCUCUGAGGCAGGCUCAGCUGCUGUCUGCCCGCAUAGAGCCCCGCAUGUCCUGGGGACACAUGCUGCAGCUCCGCUCCGCAGCUUCUGCGACUUUCCGCUUCCUCGAAGACAGUCUUGAGGUCAGCCACGGUGGGACGCCGAUGCGUUUCAGCUACGUGUGGCUGCGGGACCACUGCCGCUCAGCGUCCUCUUACAACUCCUCAACCCACCAGAGGAGCCUGGACACCGGGAGCAUAGAGCUCACUGUCCGCCCUGAGAGCUCCGCGGUGGAAGACGAUCAGCUCGUCCUCACCUGGCCUGAUGGCCAUGUUUCUAAGUACAGCCUCAGCUGGUUGGCUAAGAACAGCUAUGAAGGAAGGGAGAAGGCCACCGAGCAGCCACGCGUCCUGUGGAAUGCUAACAUCUACCAAAAUGCCAGCAUAUCAUCAAUCAAAUGGGACACGUUUAUGAGCUGCGACAACGAGCUAAAGAAGUUCCUGCAAAACUACCUCCUGUAUGGAAUCGCCUUCGUGGAUGAUGUUCCGACAACAGUGGAAGCCACUGAGGAAGUCACUCAGAGGGUCAGUCUCAUCAGAGAGACUACAUAUGGGAGAAUGUGGAGUUUUACAUCCGAUUUUUCCAGAGGCGACACUGCCUACAGUCAGCUGGCCCUGGACCGACAUACUGACACUACUUACUUUCAGGAGCCAUGUGGAAUCCAGGUGUUUCAUUGUCUCAGGCAUGAGGGGACUGGAGGGAGGACACUGCUGGUGGAUGGCUUUUAUGCUGCGGAGAAGCUUCGCCAACGUUCUCCUGAGAAGUUUGAGCUGCUGUGCCGCAUACCCAUAAGGCACGAGUAUAUUGAAAACACAGACAAUCACCGAAACCACAUGAAGGGCGUUGGCCCCGUGCUCAACGUCUACUCUUGGAACAAUGAACUGUACAUGAUACGAUAUAAUAACUAUGACCGGUCAGUGAUAAACACGAUCCCCCAUGACACCGUCCAGAGAUGGUAUAUAGCACAUCGAGAGCUGACAACGGAGCUAAGGCGCGCAGAGAAUGAGCUCUGGGUGAAACUUAGUCCAGGGAAAGUGAUUUUUAUUGACAACUGGAGGGUCCUGCAUGGGAGGGAAUCUUUCACCGGCUUGAGGCAGCUUUGUGGAUGUUAUCUGACCCGAGACGAUGUACUCAGCGCUGCACGAUGCUUUGGACUACAGGCCUAAACAUACAAAUCCAGUCAUUGCAUUGCCUUAUCAGUCUGCCUCCAAUAUAGAUUUAAUCAUUUUGGACUCCCUAUAGUCCAGGAGGAUGUUCUGCUCUACUCAUAUAUGUUUUGUAAUAUUGCUUGUUUCUACAAUUUCAAUGAUUUUAUUUCAUUUAAAAAGAAUGAAUAAAUGUUCAAAGGGCUUGAGCAACGUAACGUGUAGAAUGACACAACGCAGGUGGUGGUCCUCUGAUCAGUACACCCCACAUCCUGGCCAGUUUCCCCAUAUAACCAACAGGCCACAUGCAAACCCUUACACACUCCAUCACCUGUUGCUCCUCUUUUGAUGACCCUCUCCUCCCAACCCCAUGUUGACCUUCCUCAUGUUUGCUGUAUCCCCUACAUUGUUUUUUGACUAACUUUAAGCUAGACGUAUUAGGGCUUUCUUUCAACACUGGCUUUAUUCUGCCAUUCUUCCAUAAAGGUCAGAUUUAAGGAUUUUACAACUAACAGAUUAUAACACUCUGCAGCACCCCCAGAGUUAGCCACGGGCCUCUUAAUUGCUUCUCUGAUUAAUGCUCUCCUUCACCAGUCUGUCAUUUUGUAGACCACCAUCUCCUAGUAGAUUUGCAGUUCUGUUAUACUCUUUCCACAUCCAGAUGAUUGUUGCUCUUUGGGAAGUUUGGACUACUGAUUUAUAAUCUAAUCCUUCAAGUUUUCCACAACCUGA